GAGCAGCAGUGACGGCGUGGCGUCGAGUGAGACGUGAGAUCAUGGAGGACUAGCGCUGCUCAGCCCUACGUCUGCUCGGUCUUCUAGGGGCGCGAUCAUCCCGAGCCCGACUUUCCCAUUCAGGGUCCACCACCCCUUCUCCUCCGCCCGCAAGAAAUGCUCGUUGCGGUCUCUAUUCUGGCCAUAUCGCUGUCGAUACUAAUAUACCACCACCCGCCGUCCACAUGGCCAGCUUACUUCGCCGACGCGCAGGGCUCUGCGGCGCCUAUGAAGCCGGAACAGUCGCAAGUGGGUGAAGACCGCCCCGCUGAACAGCAACAAGCAGAGUCGCAAGGCCAGAAAGAGGCGGACACGCCACUUCAGGACUUUUCGCCUGCAACAACGCCCAAAGCUACGGCCAGCAACGCAGAUGCGCCGGCCAUCCCGUCCUUUACGCUCCAGGAACACCUCAGCUCCAGUGAGAGCGAAGAUGAGGACAAUUUGCCGCCGCCUUCGUUCCCUGCGCUGAACUCAGCGCAGCGGGCCUCGAAACCAGCAGCGAGCCCGCCGAGCUUCACCAUGUCACCACCGCCCCAGCCCAACGUCAUGGCUCCCACAUCGAACGGCAGCAUGGCCCCGCCAUCGAAACUCUCGCCCUCGCCCUCGCUCAUGGCUCCGCCGCCUCGGGUCUCCGCCUCGAGUCUGCGCCCCUUACCCUCGGCAUCUGCCUCACAGGGCAUUAGCGCACCAGCCACAGGCCUCGUGCCUCCUCGUGGACCCGCCGCACCGGGACUUGUUCCACCACGAGGACCCGUACCGAAUCGCGGCCCAGUGUUGAACAGAGGCCCACCAACACCAAAUGGCUCUCUUGCUCUACCUCCCUCAGGCAAACCGAGUGUCACUAAGAUACCCAAUGCACGCAAUAAAGUACAGCUCACACCCGGGCACUCACCUCUUGACUGGGCCAAUCUGCAACGCAGUAACACCAAUCUUUCUGGUGUGAGCUCACUUGUGCGAGUCACGCCCUCGAUGCUGAAGUUCAUGAACGGGCGCAAAGACAAAGAGACUGGCAAGAUGAAGGAUGUAUGGUCAGUCUACCAAGGGAAGGUAUACAAUAUCAGCCCUUAUCUACCUUAUCAUCCUGGUGGGGAGGGCGAGCUGCGAAGAGCGGCGGGAAAGGAUGGUACGAAACUGUUUAUGGAGGUACAUCCGUGGGUGAACUGGGAGAACAUGUUGGGUGAGUGCAUGGUUGGUAUCUUCGUGUCUGAGGAGCAACCGCCGACCAAAAGCACCUUGGAGGACAUGGAUUAGGCGAACAACAGUCAAAUACCCUAUAGACUUGCAAUGGGUGGCGUUUUGGUAUGUAGAUCCACACACGAUUAUGCACGCAAAUAUCGACCAAUCCGUUGUCGGUUCUAAGAGAGUGUCAACCUUUACACUGCAAAGGACGGCAACAACCCCCACAGUCCCAGUUCCCCGUCUUUCUAUUCGCUCCCAGAUCACCAAUUCCCGACCUGCACAUCAACAAUCUAAUGAAGCGCCUGUCGUCACUCGUUAAGAACGCACCAGCCGCGGAUCCCCAGGCAGAAUCCCAUCCCUCCCCUCCGCAGCAUCAAUCGCAUACCCAAAGAUGAGGUUAUCAUAACCCGC